GAAGAAGAAGCCGGUAUUUCCGGUAAUACGUCAUUGUAGCGAAAACAUGGAGGUCCACAUGGAUGCCCAAAGUUGACGGUUUCACUGUAGAAAUUUGGGGUCUGAAUGUCAACAUUGCUCGCAAGGAGUAAAAAUAAGAUUUGCAGGAGGCAACAGCGAGCAGAUUUAGCAACAUGUCGCUUUUGGGGAGGCUGAGACCACUGAUGUCGUUUCUUCAGGUGUCGCAGUCUGUCUCUCAGUGGGCCCCCCCAAUCCUCUCCAGGACCAUGGCCACCCUGAAUCAGAUGCACCGCCACGGCAAGCCCCCUCCCCGCCCGCCGAAGGUCAGCGCUAUAUUCGGGCGUCCACAGAUGAAGGCGGUGGUGCUGAAAACCAUGAUCCGCAAACCCAAGAAGCCCAAUUCAGCCAACCGCAAGUGCGCUCGCGUCCGGCUGUCUAACGGCAAGGAGGCUGUUGUGUUCAUUCCUGGGGAGGGACACAACCUGCAGGAGCACAACGUGGUGCUGGUGCAAGGGGGCAGAACGCAGGAUCUGCCAGGCGUGAAGCUGACAGUGGUCAGGGGUAAAUAUGACUGUGCCCACGUGGUGAAGAAAAAACAGUGAUUUGAGGAAGUCGUCAUAUGUGCACUAUAGUUCAUUUAUGUUCUCUGUUGUGAAUGUUGAAUAAACAUUGCCUGUGUGAGGUUGUA